AUAACCGAGAUGUCAGCAGCCUGGACAAGUCAACAAAAGAGUGUUUUACACCAAGUCUCGAUGGUAGUACGAUCAAACCAGUUACUUAUGGUCACAGGACCUGUUGGCAGUGGAAAGAGCUCUUUACUGAUGGCCAUUCAAGGGGAAAUUCCCACAACUGAAGGGAAAAUUACGGUCCAUGGUCAAACAGCUUAUGUUAGCCAAAUACCUUGGAUCUUUUCGGCUUCCAUUCGUGAUAAUAUUGUCUUUGGACGACCAUUUGACGAGUCUCGAUACAAGAGAAUACUAGAAAUAUGUGACCUUCAGAAAGACAUCAAGUGCUUCCCUCAUGAAGACUUGACCAUCAUUGGUCAGAGAGGUGUAGGUCUCAGUGGUGGUCAGCGUGCAAGACUCAGUCUAGCUCGCGCAGUCUACUCAGAAGCAGAUAUCUUUUUACUGGAUGACCCACUCAGUGCAGUUGAUGCCAGGGUUGGACAACACAUCUUUGAUAAGUGUAUCUGUGGAGAGCUGUCGAAUCGAGUAAGAAUUCUGGUGACCCAUCAAGUACAAUACCUUCCACGAGCUGACAAGAUAGCAGUGGUAAGAGAUGGUGCUGUUGUUCUCGGGACAUACUCGGAAUUGAUCGAAAACGGAGUAGUAGAUACCUUACAGAAAAGACAUGAAGACACUACUAGCGACUACACAUUGCAUGAAGACGUCGUUCAUUAUAAAGAUGAUAAUUCUAAAGACAUGAGGGAGGAAGAUGAGGACCGAACUACUGGUACGGUGUCUUGGCGUCUGUACUGGAGGUUUUUCAAGGCUGGAUUACCCUCUGUUAUCAUUGUUUGCCUUGUUUUAUUUUACAUCAUCGCUCAAGCGUCAUCGGUGGUUCCAACUUGGUGGAUGUCACGAAUAGUUCAUAUGACACUACAGGACCAAAGAGGUUCCUUCUCCUUAGGCGUGUUUGGUGGUUUGGUUGGAGCAUCGUUAAUUCUUUUCUUAGUAAAAGACUUGGCUUUUGUAAGUGCAAUUUUGAUGUCUACAAGAAAGUUGCACGACAAGAUGACACUGGCUGUUAUCAAGUCUCCUGUUCUGUUCUUUGAUACCAAUCCUGCUGGACGAAUAAUGAACCGCUUUUCCAAAGAUAUCGGUGCUAUGGAUGAUCUGCUGCCCAUACAAUUCCUUUACUCGGUUCCUAUUUGCUUGAAUAUAGUUAUAGUUAUAUUGCUAGCUUUGGUAGUUAGCCUGUGGAUCGCUGUUGCUGUCAUUCCACUGGCAAUGCUGUUAUUUUUGAUUGCUGCGUAUUAUCUAAAGAGUUCUCGUGAGCUGAAGAGAAUAGAAGCGAUAAGAUGCAGCCCUGUCUAUGACCAUGUUGCCGAAACCAUUACAGGGUUAGAAGUCAUUCGAACAUCAGGGGCGGAAGAAGAAUGCUGCAACAAAUUGUUAAGGCUUCAAGAUGAACAUACCAAAGCCUUUUUCCUAGUCAUGGCAACAUCUCGCUGGCUUGGACUGUACUUAGAUUUACUGUGUGCCUUUUUCUUGGUGGGGGUAGCCAUCGUAGGACUGGUUGCCAUUCACGAUCACGGUUUGGCUGGAAUGUUGCUGUCACUUUCUAUCGCUCUUUUCGGUACUACCCAAUACGGUAUACGCCUGUCUACUGAUGUCGAGAGUCAAAUGACGUCAGUCGAACGAGUGAUGAAGUAUACUGAGCUACCUUCUGAACCUGGGUACACCAGACAAGACAAACCAUCAGAUGACUGGCCAAGUCAAGGUUCAUUGUCUAUACGAGACUUGUCCAUGGUGUAUUUAGAAGGUGGACCCUCAGUACUAAAGGACAUCAWYCUUGAUGUUCAACCCAAAGAGAAGAUUGGUAUCGUAGGUCGCACUGGAGCAGGCAAGUCAUCUCUUGUAGCUGCUCUCUUUCGGAUGCCCGAUCCUCAAGGCCAAGUAUUUAUUGACGGUGUUGAUCUUGGCACCAUUGAUAUACAGGCUGUGCGCAGAUCCAUGGCUGUUAUCACUCAAGACCCUGUGCUCUUUGCUGGAAGUCUUAGAAAGAAUCUAGAUCCAUUCAAUCGUUUUACAGACCAGGCUAUCUGGACAGCACUUGAUGAAGUACAACUGAUGAAGAAAGUCAGCAAACAGCACCAACAGCUAGACUACUGCGUAGGGGAAGGAGGGUCAGGAUUUAGUGUCGGUGAACGACAACUGCUGUGUCUUGCUCGAGCAUUAUUACAGAAGUGUAAAAUACUUGUGCUGGAUGAAGCAACAGCCAACGUGGAUUACAGGACAGAUCACCUCAUUCAGCAAGUAAUCAGGCAAAAGUUUACCAAGUGUACUGUGCUGACCAUAGCUCAUCGAGUGAACACCAUCAUGGACUAUGACAAGGUAGUGGUUCUUGACCAUGGUCACGUGGUGGAAUACGAUAAUCCCAGAGUUCUUGCUGGGAAAGAGAAUGGCUUCUUUUCAAGAUUGAUAAAGGGACAUACCAUGAAGGUCUGAUAAAAUUUGAUGUAKUUGGUAGUUAGGUUGCUACAUACAMWRGUUUGCUGAACUGAUUCACAAGUAUACUGGAAUAGAGCCACCAUUGUCAGUGCCACGACGAUGAAAUUUAAAUGUCCAAUUUUCACUUUAAUUAAACACAUUUUAAAGCACCGUUACAAAAGAAGAAAACUGGUGUUUUUCGUUUUUCGUUAACAAUUUUGGUUCGAAAGACAUAUAAUUUUAAAAGUUUAUGCUAAUUAGGAUGUUGAUGCCGUUAUAUUGUGAUCGGCUCAGUUUCCUUCAACAUAGAUUUCAGCAUAUCUCUAAGAAUAUUUGCUGUAUACUUGUAUUAUCAAGAUAUGAAACAUGAAAAUGCAAAAACUGUGAUUGCUUUUGUGACGUUAUCAUAUAAUCAGUUAUUGGCCUUAUGUAACCUGAACCCUCAAGGGUGUGUAUCAGUAACUGAGUUACUCGAGUAAAGAGACACACACACACGAA